AUGCCUCCAAAAAACAAUCCGAAACAACACGCCAAUGUGAACGGCAACCACAAGCUGGACAGCCGCCCCAGCAACGAGACCGGCCGGCCGAAGCGCGAGGAAAACAAAGCGGAUGAUGUCGUGGUUCCCGCUGGCCCAACAAUUAAGGCACAGAUCACAAAUGCAUCAAAGACCUCAUCCGGGAAAACUUUUCUGGAGGCGCUACGCACCAACGUGACGAAGCAAACUGUCCGCGUGGAAAAGCCACGUACGCCCGAGCCGCCGGAGGUAGCGGUGCCGGAACCCGAAGUUCCUGUAGCGGAGGAACCUACCGUAGAAGCUGUAGUCGCACCGGUGGAGAUUCCCCCCACACCGGUAGAAGAAUCUCCUGUAGUGGAAAAGCAACCUACUCCGACACCCAAGCCCCAACAACCUCCUAAACCACAGCCUACCGUCACACUACCGGAGAGCAACGGUAACUUUAGUUGGGCAAACGAUGAUGACUACACUUUUUCCAGCGACAUAACCCCGCAACACCCUGUGGUACCCCCACAGGCCAAACCAGUAACCUACAUUGUAACAUACCCAGCUGAAGUCGUUGAGGCACACUCGAAGGGACCCCGUGUAGUGUUUGAGGCACCGGCUAGUCACCAGCGAAUUGACUCCGCGAUGGCUGAGUUGGAAAAGGGACGCGCUAACCUUUACAAUGAGCGUCAUUUGUUUGAAGAGUGCCGCAAACAGCGGGAAAUUGAGAUGAAUGAAAAGCAUGCUCGCCUGCUCGCCCAAGAACGGCAGCUGAACGACCAAAGUGAUGGUCUUCAGAGGGAACGCAGCAGGCUGGUGGAGCAGCAGCAGCAAUUGCAGCAGCAACAACAACAGCAACAACAACAACAAAUGAUACAGCAGCAACCCGCACCGCUCCGCCAGGCUCCCAGUUCACUUCCAGUGACCUCGCAAACCCAACUACCACCACCACCGCAACCUCCGCAGCAUGUUGGCAACAACUACACGUAUCAAACGGGAACGCAAGACGGCAUGCCGUGGGGCGGCCGCGGGCGUAACGACCAUUGGACUCCCAACGCUGGCGUAAUGGUGCCGCCGUAUGAUCACAAUCAUUACUACAGUGGUGGUCAUUACCUAAUGCAGCGCAAUCAGAAUUUUGGCGACCGCGGAGUGGAUGUCCCUCCUCACAUGGGUCGCGGGAAUGCGAUGAGGGGUGGUCCACAUAUGGGAGGUUUUUCGGCUGGCCGCCCGAUGGGAGGCGCCGAUGGUGGCGUCAAUCAGAUGUUUGGGCAACGUAACUCUGGUGGAUAUAUGGGAGGGCCCGCUCUCCCUAAUAGGUGGUAG